CUCUACAGCUUGACGCCUGUCUCGAGUGGCGGCGGCGGUCGAGCGAGAGAGAGGGAAAGAGAGAACGCUCUGCCAACAAGAAGGAGAAACCGAACAAGUGGCGCAGAGGCGGAGGAAAAGUUCCCAAACAAGCUAGAAUUCGUCGUGAGUUCGGUAGCGGAGUGAAAGGUGAACAUUAAGCGGCGUUUGGCGCAAAAGGGACGGCGAACAAUCGACACUUUGACGAGAAUACCCGUCGGGAAUGUCGUCUCGCUCGUGGGAGGCUUGAACCAACCCACGGCGGCGGAAAAGCGCUGAAGCUGUGGGGUCUUGUCGUGAUGCGGCGCUGAGGCGGCGGCGCUGAGGCGGCGGCAGCGCUGUGACGUGAGCAGGAUGGGGAAGGAGCAGGACCUCCUGCAGGCGGUGAAGAGCGGCGACCUGCCGUCCACGCACAAGCUUCUGGCCAAACUGAAGAGCAGCAGGAGCAAACUUUUAGGAUCCACAAAGCGACUCAACAUCAACUACCAAGAUGCAGAUGGCUUCUCGGCAUUGCAUCACGCCGCCCUGACGGGCAGCGGCGAGCUGCUGGCGGCGCUGCUGGAGGCCCAGGCCGUCGUCGAUGUCAAGGACAGCAACGGAAUGCGCCCGCUGCAUUACGCGGCGUGGCAGGGCAAGUCGGAGUCGGUGCUGCUGCUGCUGCGUUCGGGAGCGUCCGUCAACGGCGUCUCGCUGGAUGGCCACAUCCCUCUGCACCUGGCCGCGCAGUACGGACAUUACCACGUGUCUGAGAUGCUCCUGCAGCACCAGUCCAACCCGUGCCUGGUCAACAAGGCCAAGAAGACACCGCUCGACCUCGCCUGCGAGUUCGGCCGCGUCAAGGUGGCCCAGCUGCUUUUGAGUAGCAAUAUGGUGGCGGCGCUUUUGGAGGGCGAACGCAAGGAGCCCAGCGACUCGGCCUUCACCACGCCACUGCACCUCGCCGCUCGCAACGGCCACAAGGACGUCAUUGGGCUGCUGCUGAAGGCGGGCAUCGACAUCAACGCCACCACCAAGUCAGGCACCGCCCUGCACGAGGCCGCCCUCUACGGCAAGACCGAGGUGGUGCGGCUGCUGCUAGAUGCCGGCGUCGACGUGAACAUCAGAAACACAUACAACCAGACAGCACUCGACAUCGUCAACCAGUUCACAACCUCACACGCCAGUCGAGACAUCAAGCAACUGCUCAGAGACGCGACGGGGGUCCUGCAGGUGCGGGCGCUGAAGGACUUGUGGAACCUUCACGAUCCCACCGCCCUCAACGUCCGCGCCGGAGACGUGAUCACGGUUCUGGAGCAGCACGCCGACGGGCGAUGGAAAGGUCACAUCCACGACAACCAGCGGGGGACGGACCGCGUGGGCUUCUUCCCGCCCUCCAUCGUCGAGGUCAUCAGCCGGCGAGUCGGGGGCACCCUCUCCCGACACGCCUCCCUACCCGUUCGUCGCCGGUCCAGAGCCGCCCUGGCCGCCGGCCUCAGCUCAACCCCUCACGUUGACGACUCCUACUCCUUGUGCAUCCCCCCCGCCCCACCCGCAGGAGACCGCAGCAGCGUGGGGAGCAGCGAGAGCGUGGGCAGCACACGCAGCGCUGGCAGCGGCCAGAGCACCGAAAGCAACAACAACAACACGCUCAACAAUAACAACACGCUAAGCAACGCCCACAAUGGGACCGCCGCCACCGCCGCUCACCAUGACAAGGUGGCGUCGUCCGUUGCUGAUUGUGGAGCCUCGCACUCGAGCAAGCAGCCUCAGCACCACGCAGGUGCCGACACCCCCCGAAGGCCGACGGUGACGGUGCAGCAAGCGGCGGAGCAGACCUUCUUCACCCAGCAGCAGUUUUUUCGUCCUCAGCAGCUGCUGGACGGCAAGGACGCCGAGGCCAUCUUCGAGUGGCUGAGCGACUUCCAGUUGGAGCAGUAUGCGGGGAACUUCAUUAGUGCCGGUUACGAUGUCCCCACCAUCAGCAGGAUGACGCCUGAGGAUCUGACGGCCGUUGGCGUGACCAAACCGGGACACCGCAAGAAAAUCUCCAUGGAGAUCAACAAGCUGAACAUUCCCGAGUGGCUUCCAGAGUACAUCCCGUCGGAGCUCAGCGAGUGGCUCGCUGCCAUCGGCCUCCCGCAGUACCUGAAAAGACUCUCGGAAAACGGCUACGACAGCAUCGGCAUCGUCAAAGACCUGACGUGGGAAGACCUGCAAGAGAUUGGCAUCACAAAACUGGGCCACCAGAAGAAGUUGAUGUUGGCAGUGAAGAAGCUGUGCGAUAUCCACCGAGCCAUCGUUCAGGCCGAAUCCGGCCAGGGAACGAUGCGGCGCAAAGCUCCCGGAGCGCUGCACGUAGUGACCAUCGAGCCGCCGGACGCCGGCGGGGAGUGCUCGUCCCCCCGCACCCCAAAGACCAUGAUGACCUUCCAGGACAGUGAGCUGAGUGCCGAGCUGCAGUCGGCCAUGUCUGGCUACUACGCCGACUGCGAGGACGUCGGAAACGCGGUGGGCUCGUCCCAAGGCCGGGACGGCGUUGAGACCCGUUCCCGAGGCUCUGGACAUUUCCAAGAACCCGCUUCCGUCACCGCCCACGGCCGGUCCCAGGAGAGCUUCGACGGCAGCCCCGCCAGAGACAGGAACGUCCCAGAGGGCCGGGACCAGAGACCCGUCCACAAGCUGGUUCCCCUGGGAACGGCCACCGUAUUCAAGUACCCCGCCGUCCCCGCCAAACCCAAAGUGUCCCGCUCUCACGGCUCGUCCCCUCACGGCUCGCCGGCGUUGAAGGGCUUCAACUACCUGCACUCUCACCGCCCAGACGCGUCUGCCGGACCCCAGGAGCACAGCCGGACUCUGGCGCUUCCCAAGAAACGGACCCACAGUCUGAACCGCUACGCUCUAUCGGACGGCGAACCUGACGAGGAUGACGACGAGCUGGCGCCCCCCUCUGGAAACGUGCCUUCAUACGCCACCCUAAGUCGCAAACACAGCCGCGCUCAGACGGCUCGGAUGCCGUCCGGUCUGGAGAGGAGCACCAACGUAGGCCGCAGUCAGUCUUUUGCCGUGCGAGCGCGGAAAAAAGGACCCCCGCCGCCCCCUCCAAAGAGGCUGAGCUCAGUGAGCAGCACCACCAGCGGCGAGCUGAGCGACAGCAGCACCGCGUCAACGACGGUCGGCAGCGGCCUGGUGACCGACAGCAAAACCGUGUCAGUGGCCAGCGUUGUGAGCGAUGGCGCCGUGUUGACAUCAUCGGGCGGCGUGGUGACUGACAGCCCAGGAAGCGUCAGGACCAUAGCGGCCUCCCUGGAAGCAAGUGCAGAAACACAAAACCCUCCGGAUCCCAAACGUGACCCCGAUCCACAGGCAUCGUCUGCCGACGAAUCCAAAGAGACCCCAGGGGCGAGGAGGAGGGCGCAGAGCGCGCACGAGCCAGACAAGUCGGACACGGAGGAAGCUGACGUCAAGGGUUCGCGGUCACCUCACAACAGCUCCAGUGAGUGCAUUCCCUUCGCCGAGGAGGGAAACCUGACCAUCAAGCAGAGGCCCAAAGCCGGGGCCCCGGGACCCCCUCGGGCCGAGGCCGUGCUGGAGCCUCCCGACAAGGUCGUCGCUGCCAAGAGCCUCGAAGUCCCCGAGUUCAACCUGAAAGAAUCGGACACGGUCAAGCGGCGACACAAACCCAAAGACAAAGACGAAGGAUCCCCCUCCAAAGAGCGGCCCCAACCUGAGGCCGAGGCUGACGCCAAGGAGAGGAACCCGGAGGAAGUCUGUUUAAGGAUGGACAUGGGGACCCCUCUCAAACCUCUGUCGUCUCCCAAACCGCUUGUGGCCCCCAAGCCUGUACGGCACAGCCUGCUGGCAGCACAAGCUGGACUCGGGUCUCCGGCGGUAAGUGUAAGUGUGGUCCAAAGUCUGGCCUUCGGUGCCGCGUCACCUCCAUGGUCUCCGUCCCGCGGGCCCCCCCCGGUGUCGGUGGCCCCUCUCUGCCCAGCCCCUUCCUCCCCAGCGGCCGCCAGAGUUCAGACUUCGGCAGGUCCGGCCGUGACCGAGGUGGCCCAGCAGCGACUGGAUGAGACCAGCACAUCUCUUGCAGCGGCCCUCAAGGCCGUUGAGAGGAAGUUGAUCCUGGACCGGGACCAGGGUGACGGCAGAGCCAACACGGUCAAGUCAGCAGGAAACAUCCUGGACGACAUCGGGAAUAUGUUUGACGACCUGGCCGACCAGCUGGACGCCAUGUUGGACUGAAGGCGCCCGUCAAGAGAAAAAACGCCAGUGGCAUGACCACAAACAGCAGCACUUAAUCAACACGCUUAUAUUGUGAAGUGCUGACAGGAACUAGACAGCAACUCUUCAUUCCGUACCUAAAGUGGGACCUCACUUCUA